GGUUAAAUGUCAAAAGCACCAAAAGAAAAGGAAAUUGGUACAACUCGCUUACAGCUUUUGGUUGACAAAAUUACUACAUCUGGUUCCAAUAACGUUGAUUGUCCACUCGUUGAAGAGACUAUAAAUAUAUGCAGCAAGUCAAGUUCUACUGUUUCUGAUUUAUUUCGAUUUGCUACUGUUCAAUUACGCCGUAAUCAUGCUCAGAUUCGACUUGGAGUGUUAAGAUUACUUAGAUUGUUAUCUUCUCCCCAAGCGAUCGUUCGUCAGUUAACCUUGAAUAUGAAUGACGCGACCAAAUUCAUUCCUUUGGCGAAAUGUCUUCGUAACUUGAUUUUAGAUAAUUUACAAGAUACUUUUUCAUAUAUUGUACAGUUAGAAUCAUAUUCUGCGCCUAUGCUUUUACCAAAAGAAGCCGCUAAAGAAUUACAAUUUGAAGGAAUAGAACUUCUGCUUGAUUGGGAGUAUGAAUUAGAACAAGGACAUUUUGAUGUUACUCCUUGGAAUUCUGACCUAUCUCCGCCCCUAUCAUGGGUGCCAUCACAGAGAGCCAAAGGUCAAUUGAAAGCAUUUAUAAAUUUCCUCAAUUUGGAUAGUCGGCCCCUUGGUAACUUUGGUUCUGGAUAUUGUCCAACAAAACAACUAAUAAAAAAGAUACAAGAACAACGUAAACAAAAGUCUCAAUUGUUCAAGAGUGAAGUAAAAAAAUCUCAUCGCCUUCUUAAUGAUUGCCUGAAUGAAAUCGAAGAAUGUAGCGAAUCGGUUGAAGAAAAUUUAGUCUCUUUGUCAACUAUAUUAGAAAUACUGGUUCCCAAUCCAACGUCUGAGUCUAGUGAAAUUGAUAAAACGGAAAUAAUCGAAAAUCAAUCAGAGACUGACCAUAAGUCCAUGACAACCAUGAACUCAUUUGAUUCUUUACGUUUGCAUGGAUGUCUUCCUGGAAGUUCAAGUGGUUUCGGUUUGGGCUCUACACUUACGAUUGAAAUUCAAUUGCCUUGUAAUAGUCAAGUUAAUUCAUCUGGAGCUUCAUUUGAACCAAAAAUCUAUAUUAAACGUUCGACAGAAACAAAAGAAUUAGAAGAGUCAGCUACAACUUUCGCUCGUUUAGCAGCAGAAAAACAUAGACCUAAACUUACGGAUUACUUGCAAACUUUGGAAAGUACUCACUCAAUGAAUUUUGCUGCAAAACUUUCUUCUAAACGAAAUGAAAAAAUCGAAAUUCUUAAACAGUGGAUUAGUCGAAUUCAAACCCUGACAUCUUUAUUCUAUGAUCGAAUCGAAUUCAUUGAUAGCGAACCAAUCCAUCGCGUAAAUAAUCCUGACCGUACUUCUAUCUCUAGUGAUGACAGUGAUUUUGAAGAGGUAGUCAGCACUACAUCAGAUACUGGUAAAUCACUAUGUUAUCCAAGUUCAUUACACGAAAAUUUAUCAUGCGGAAGAAUAGAAUCGAUUAACACUAGAAGUCUGUCCGUUGUUAAUAGUGAUCCCAACCAACAAAUAGUUCAGUUAACAAAUGAAGAUCAACCGAAGUCUCGGAAACAUGGGACUGUUGUAACCGGUUCGACACAAAACUUUAUUUCCUGUAAUGUCACAACAAACCCUCAUACUGCAUCUUGGAGGGAUAGCGAAUCUGUUCACCGUUUUUGGAAACCUAUUGAUCCAGACGAAUAUAAUAGACCAAAAGAGUAUCUUGAUUCAGCUGUUUCAUGGUUUUCAACUAAUGAUACUCAAUGUUGUCCUCCAAAUAUUCAUUCCGAAUCUGCAAACACAUUUGAAUUUACGGAAAAUGAGAUCAAAGACACUGACUUCACGGUGGCUCCUCGACAGCUGUUCUGUUGGGCUCCCUUGUUAUCUGGUUCAUUAUGCCAUCGAUGUGAUCCAAGCGGUCGAUGUCCUAUACAUGGCAGAAUUGUUAAACGUGACAAAAUAACUGGGAGACCGAUUAAUAUGAAUGACCGAAAACUUCUCCAAAGAGAAAUGGAAUCUAAGAGAUUAGCUAGACAAAAAAAACUAGAUGAAGAAAUUAAGAAAAAAGCUAGAAGACAUUAUCCUGGUCUUACUAAUAUAUCAAAGAAGGAGGUAGGUGUCCGUGGGCGCCUGGGGGCACAAGUAAUGAAAAAACAACUUCGUUUUUCUGUCUUCAAUAUCUGGUUUUCAUUGUGACAAUAUUCAUGUGUUCAACUAAAUAAAUGAAAACACUUAUAUUUUAUAUCACCGUGCUGUAGAAAUGAUAUCUUACCUAAAUUUUCUGUUAUACUUACAGGAAAACAUUACGGAAGCGUUCAUGAAUAUUAAAUUAAUCAGACGGAAAUGUUGAAUACGCACAUUUUUCUGACAAUUUUCAUCAUGCGUGUAAAGAAUAAUUAUCCUACCAUAAUUUCUCAUUUUGUAUAUAUUACUUAUAAAACAUAACAGUUUAAAAUAUGUUGGGUAGUUUUUAGUAGAAAAUAGAUG